AUGAUCAAGGCUGAUGCAGAUGUCAGCGAGGUGCUGUCCGAGGGCCGCAAGAGGCUGGGCUUCGACCAGGCAUGGAUGCCGGACUCCGACUUCAAGAUCUACAACUCCGAAGACGAGGAAGCUGGACCACUCAAGGGCAAGAUGAAGGACAACGGCCUCGUUGACUUCACCUACGAGGUCCACCUGUACUACGAGCCUCAGUGA